AUGAACGGGACGAGAGUUAUCGAAAGCGAGAAUGGAUGGAAGGUGAUUGCAAAGAAACUGAAGAGGGCAAAAAAUGAACAAAUACAGAACGAUAAGCAAAAAAUAGAUCUUGUUGAGAGUAACGUGGAGAUGGAGAAAUUGGGGAAGAUCGAGAGCCAGUCCCCGAUUAUAAUCGAAAAGACAUUGGAGCACAUGGCAGUGAUGACGCAGAAUAUGUGGCUGAAUGGAGGGAGGAUUUAUUGCCAAAAAAAAUUUGGUCACCCGAAGUAUACACGUAGUUUCAUUGUCGAUAAAUUCUAUCAGUAA